AUGGACUUGGCAAAAAGAGAGAAGCAGAGUUGUUUUAUUUUUAAAGUUGAUUACAAGAAAGCCUACGUUAAUGUAAGUUGGAACAAUUUGAGGUAUAUUUUCAGAAAGAUGGGUUUUGGAGCAAAAUGGAUCAGUUGGAUGGAGGCGUGUGUGUUUACUAGUUCAAUGUUGGUGUUGGUAAAUGGUGGCGCGACAGAUGAUUUUAAGGUGGAAAGAUGGCUUCGUCAAAGAGAUCCUUUAUCUCCUUUUCUUUUUGUCUUGGAAAUGGAAGGACUUAUGUUAUUGACGGAAACAACAAUGGAGCUAGGGGAAUACAAUAGUUUCAAGAUCAAUGAGGAAUUAUCAAUAGAUAUUUUACAAUUCGCCGACGACACCAUUAUCAUAAGGGACAGUGGAAGCAAUAAUCUAUGGAGUAUUAAAGCCAUUCUAAGAGGUUUCGAGUUGAUUUCUGGGUUAUGCCUAAACUUCUGUAAAAGAAGUAUUUUUGGUAUCAAUGUGAGCAGUUGGUGUAUGGAGGCUGCUUCUUCAUUCUUUUCUUGCAGGGUCGACAUGCUCCCUUUCAAAUACUUAGGAAUUUGGGUCAUUUCUAGCCCAAGAAAGAUGCUAAUUUGA